UGUAAUUUGAAUGUUGGGCUGUCCUGUCAAAGCUGAAUAGUGGUAUUGAUAAUGACACGUCAGCAAAGGUCCGAAGUCCGCUUUAGAAAUUCACGGCAUACCGUGAAGCUUAUUUUGACGAGGAGCACGUGAACGCAUCAGUUCACAAACGUGGUACUGGAGUUUUCAGAGAGGUGCAGUCUGUCGUGGAGUAAACGGACUCCGGCUGCCAGAUGUGAUUAAACGGGCGGACUAUCAGGAUGUGGGUCGCAUUUUUAUAAAUCUAGGUGAUCUUGGGCCAGUCUGUUUUUUUCUGACUUCACUGGACAGGAAAACAUAUCUUAACGAUCUCAUUUUGCCCUGACAAUGGUUUGGUUUUAGCUAGUUUAAUUUUUUUUUUUUUACGCGUAGAUCUUUCAUUAAGUGUAUUUAAGUCUAUAGAGGGAGCCUUUUUUUAUUGCAGAGCUGCAGCCAUGCAGCAGGAGCUGUUGUUUAAAGUCCUGGUCAUCGGGGAUUUGGGAGUGGGGAAAACGUCCAUCAUUAAGCGGUACGUGCAUCACAUCUUCUCCCAACACUACAGAGCCACCAUCGGGGUGGACUUCGCCCUCAAGGUGCUUCAAUGGGACAAUGACACUGUGGUCCGUCUUCAGCUGUGGGACAUAGCAGGACAGGAGAGGUAUGGGAACAUGACUCGUGUUUAUUAUCGUGAGGCGGUGGGGGCGCUGAUGGUGUUCGAUGUGACGAGGGCCUCAACCUUUGACGCUGUGCUGAAGUGGAAGGACGACUUAGACUCCAAGGUGACCCUGAACCACGGGAGACCAGUUCCAGCUGUACUCUUGGCAAAUAAGUCAGACCAGUUGGCUUACCAGACACCCAAACUAGACAAUUUCUGCAGGGAAAAUGGCUUUGCUGGCUGGUUUGAGACCUCUGCAAAGGAAAACAAAAACAUAGAGGAGGCAGUGUGUUGCCUAGUGGAGCACAUCCUGAACAACGAAGAGACCCCGGUUGUAGUAGAGCGAGACCCCGGCUCUCUUGUCCUGUCCGGCUACUCAAGCACCAGGAAGGAUCAUUUCAACUGCUCAUCAUGUGUGAAAUGGUGA